AUUCGUUAUUGUCAGUGUCACUGGCAGUGGUCACAACUCCUUGGACAUGGAAUCAAUAGUGGGCGAUCCACUCAUUUCUUUGGCUGGAUUCAACGCUGUUCAUUGUUGCUACUCGUAUGAUCUGGGGUAAGUGCAUCAACACUCGGUGAAGUCCCAUGGGCAUUCUUUCGAAUCGUCGACCGAUCACGAUGACAAUGCUUCUAUCCAGAGACAUGAAAGCAUUUGUAAAUAUUAUAUUAUGCCACCAGUGUACGUAUCUCAUUCCCCGUAUCAACAAGAUACCUGCAAAUAACUACACUUGGGGUAGUCAAAUUGAAGAGAGCAUACUAUUAUAUGUACACCUGGCCGCAUUCAGAAAAUGUUCUCCAGUACUCCUCGCGGGAAGCAUCGGCGAACAGGCGAUGGUAAACCAGAUGAUGUUCGAUGACAGGAAAAAUAACGCUGCUACUGAACGUUGAACUCGUGCAACUGUAUUGCUUGUAUUGUCAUACAAUGGAUGGACUUGCGACAACAAAUUUACUCGGUAACAAAGCGCUCCCGAACGUU